AUGACCAUUCGCACUUAUGCUCUCUACGGUGGCAGCAAGCGCCUGCUUACUUGGUUGACAGGCAUAAUGAUUACUCUUGCGAUAGCAGUUUCUGCGGGAAGUUUUGGACAAUUUUCAGGCGAUGCGGUCAUUUUGCCUGGAGUUGGUUGCUAUGAAACUUUUACAGCAGCGACGUACGCCAUCCUCUUCACCCUUCUGUGUGCCUAUUCAAACGUUGUUUCAGAGCCGCCCGUCUUGGCGUACAAGAUUUUCAAAACUAGACGCUUUCUGCAGUUCUCUUCAGUCGCCAGGAGAAAUGUCAUUGAUAUUAUAUUUCACGAUGGUGCGAUGUAUUUUGGAGCCAUGGUGCUUGUCAACGUACUGAAUACCAUGACGUACUACGUGAGUGAACGAAUGAACAUCGAUGGAGUCACAAACCACUUACAGCUUGAUCAGUCUGCUUCAGUUGACAUUAGAGGCAGUCUUUCCACAUUGACUAGCUGCUUGUCCGUCACUCUCGUCUCUCGACUGAUGCUUAACCUCCACAAAUCUAUGGACACUGGCAUUCUCUCCAUCCCUUCCCAGGACGAAGGUCCCAGCCUCGCUGUCCUCACAACUAGGGUCAACCUACAGUCCGCGAUUUCCUCUCACCAUUGUUAG